AUGAAAAAUCCAACGAAACACAGGGCGCAAAAGUUUCGUUCAGAAUGGCUCAGAGUUGAAAAUUUAAAAAAAUGGUUGGUUCCUAUUGAUAACGACCCUUUCAAAGCCAAAUGUAAGUUGUGCAAUUUCACAAUGGUCGCGGAGUUAUCUAACAUUAAAACACAUGGCAAUGGUAAAAAACAUAAAGAAAUUGAAGCAUGUAAAGAAAUAAAACAAAAAUCGAUAAAAACUUUUACUACAAAUAAAACUCCAACGAAAUUAGAUAUUGACGUCAAAAUGGCAGAAAUAAAAUUAACUGCAUUUUUGACAGAACACAAUAUUGCCUUUCUUGCUACUGACCACCUUACGGAUGUUCUUAAAAGUUGUUUUAAAGAUUCUGAAAUAGCUAAAAAGAUAUCACUUAAAAGAACCAAAACAACUUCAAUUACGAAAAAUGUGAUUGGUUAUUGUCAGAAAGAAGAACUUGUUUCUUACCUAAAAACUGUACAGUUCAGUAUAUUAACUGAUGAAUCUACUGAUAUUGGUACCGUCAAAUCAUCUUGUGUCAUUCUCAGGUUUUUUGAUAGUAAAUCUGGGAAGAUAGAAAGUAAAUUUUGGGACCUAUAUAAGGUGUAUGAUUCAAAAAACCCGGGUAAUGCUACCGCUGAAAAACUAUUUAAUAGUUUAAUGGAAUCAUUAACUUCAUAUGGCAUACCGAAAUAUAAUGUUAUUGGUUUUGGUAGUGAUGGUUGUAAUACCAUGAUGGGAGAGAAUAAUUCAGUGGCUUCAAGAAUGAAAAUAGAAUUCCCAGGCAUUUUCAUAAUGUAG